AUGGCUCGUCUGAAACUGCUGUACGAACUCGAAGUGAAAGAACUAAAGCGAGAGCUACGCGAUCGAGGGCUGAAGACAAGUGGAAUUAAAGAAACAUUACAGGCACGCCUCCGGGAAGACAUAGUGGAAGAAGAGGAAGAUCCAGACACGUAUCUUUUUGACGUAGAACCAGAUAUGGAGGAGCUCUUGAGCUCAAUGCUAGGAAACAUCAAUUCCAAGAUAGAUGCCAUGAACACCAAGAUAGCCGCCAUGAACCAACGCAUACCUGAUGUGGAGGAGAGAAUCAUCAAUACAGACGUUCGUUCAGAUGCUAAAACCAGUGAGAGGAGCGUCGGUGGUGAUCAUGAGAACCCAUUGAAACCUGACGAAGCCGUUGAGAGGCAUAUGCAAGUCGAGAUAUACCAGCCAGAUCUGCACCCAACAGACGUUGGUCCAGCUGCCAAGACUGAAGAGGGAAGUCCUGAUGGUGGUCAAGAGAAUCCAAGGAAGCCUGACGUUGAAGUUGAUGGACAUUUGCACGACGAAAGUCAUCGACAAGGUCUGAAACCAACAGACGAUUGGCCCGAUACUGAGACAAGAGAGAGAGGUCCUGAUGGUGGAGAAGAAAGCCGAAUGGAGCCUGACGCCGAAGACGAGGGACCUUUGCACGAGGAGUGUUACCAACCUGCCCCACGAGCAUGCCCUCCAGACAAGGCUGAAGAUGAUGACCUGUACCACAAUUCCCCGCCCUGUGGAUUUGAAGCCCAUCCCAGUCCUUCUUCGCAAAGCCCUAUGAGGCCACCUCUUUUGCCAACGAUCUUGGUAUCCCCAGCCCUUACAUCCUAUACCUCUCCAUGUGUCAAGUGGCUGUCCUCGGUACCGACCGACAAGAGAGCGAUGCAAACACAACGUCACUGCAACAAGAGGGCGAUCAACUGGAGGAAAAGAAGAAGGCGGCGUUUGCGUAGUCCAACGUGCAUGGUGAUUCUACCAAGAAAUAACUGCAGCCACAUGAAGACCAACUGGCGGAGAAGAAGAAGAAGGCGACUUUUGCUGAGUGCAAUAUGGAUGACCAUGCGAUCACGAGGUCAAUACAACCAGAUGAAGGCUAACUGGAGGAGAAGAAAACGUUUUCUGAGUUCCACGUGGAUGGCGAUGAAAGCACGACGGCGAGGCAACCAGGUCAAGGCAAACUGGAGGAGAAGAAGGAAGCGACCAUUGCUGACUGCAACAUGGAUGGCCCCAUUAAGCUCAAGACGCAAGCCAACUGCCACCGAUCGACCCCCACCUACAGCGAUGAAAUUUCACAGCCAAUGUCAUGAGGUUGAAUCUGCCCGGGACGGACAGAUCUAAGGAGGGGGCAGUGUUAUAAACCUGGUGGUGGCACAGAUGGGGGUAGUGGUGUGAGUGUAGUCAGUCAACGCAAAUCGCCACAGGCCAGCGCUAGACGAGCGGUCAACUGUGACGAGUACGACGAUCGGCCGAGACGAGUGUCAACAAGAGGGUUCGGGAAGGAUCGCCGUCGUGAACAGAGCUCAUUAGCGUCACGAGAAUUGUAGUCAUCUGACCACCUAGAAACGUCGAGCGGCGUUCUGUCCGGUUCUAGAAGGCCAGUAGGGACCCUAUAUAAAGAGCGGAGGUGUCGCAGUCAAGACGGUUCAGAAAGCGGGUUCACGACAGGAGUUCAGAACACGGUCGACUACAGCACAGUUCAACGGUGUGGUUCUGUACGGAGCAUUACGACGGUUCAGUGCGGAGUACUGUCAAGUACAGUUGAGACGAACGGCGUCUUGAUCUUGGUCUGUGAUCGAGUCCGACACAACGAGCCCAAGUGUGUGAAGUCAGUCCCGAACUGUUGAACCCAGUGCAAGCCCGGAACGAGACGGAGAGGCCAGUGCAAGACUUGAUACGGCGGAACGGUGUUAUCGGAGAGAUAUUUGUUAUCGCAGAGCUAUUUGUACUGUUCUACGUGCUGCCAAUUGUACAGUAUUGGCUGUUAUUUAUGGACAUUAAACCUUUACGUUAUUUUGGAGCCCUGACUUGUCAAGUUCUUUAAGUUGGUGGUGUAUGGUGCAGUUUGCAGAGAGCCUGGAUAGUGAGAUUCGUAACAAUAUUUAUUUAUUAGAUGAAAUAAGGGCUUAAAAUCAAAGCCUUUACAGCAAAAUGAAGCAAUAUAUAAAUAAGAAAAAAUAUUUAAUUGGGGAUGAAGUGACCGGAAUGAAGUGACCAAGGAUGAUAUGACCGGGAUUGAAGUGACCAGCAUGAAAUGACCGGUCACUGAAUAACCAUGUCGACAGUCUUUUUAUUUAGAUCAUUCUUGGAGAACAUUCUUGGGAGAAGAAAAAGUAAUACCAAAAUACCUUAAAACCUUAGUAAUAAAUUUUCAAAGAAUUAGGAUCAAAACUGCAGACUUAGAAAUUUUAUUAGAACAUGAGAAACCAGACAUAAUUGCAGGAACAGAAACUUGGCUACUUCCUGUAAUUUAUAAUGCAGAAAUGUUCCAUAGUGAUUAUGACAUUUUUAGAAAAGGGCAGAUAAUCAUGGAGGAGUUCUUUUGGCAAUAAAAAAAAAACACUUAUAGCAGAAGAAAUUACCUUACCUAACCAUGGAACUAUACUAAUGGAACAACAGCUCCUAGUUUUUACUAGGGGAGUGCCGUCGCGCAUUUUUUUUCGCGCAUGGUGCAAUAUGGAGAAAUUCAGGAGGAUGCAAAAGAAGAAAUUUACUCCUCCAGUCACUUGGACUGACCUUCAAUGAGAGUAAAACUUUCCUACGCUUUAUUUUAUUAGAUCUCUAAAAAUUUCAUCCAUUUUCUCACAAUGUUUUGUGAUUUAUAAAAUUUUCCUGAAUAAGGGAUCGUCACAAAAGUUAUUUUUUUAAGGCCACCCCAUUAAAAUAGCUGUUUUCAGUACUUUCAUAUUUGGGUAUUUUACACAAAAUCUGGAUUUUUUUUAUCUACAUGAAAUCAUUAUCAUCUGUCCCGCGUAACCAAAUCCUCCACUUUUCCCAGUCACCAAUGUUCUUAACAAGAUAUCAAGAGAGAGAGGCUGGUCCAUUAUUUGCGUAGUCCAGCCAGCUUUUCUUCUGACAAACCUUUUUUCGUUUAUUCUCUUGAAGGAUUUUUUUUUAAAGUUAGUCUUACAAAAUACAAUUCCAAACCAACUCAUGCAGUUAUCGUCUUUUCACAGUAUUGAGGAGUCAUCCUUUUUGCCAGCCAGAGUGUUAAUUAAUUGGCAAAAGUAAAAAAUUCAUUAUUUUAAUUUUUUUUUAGUAAAUAUUCACAACUAUAUCUUUUAUAUAAUAAUAUAUUUUUUAAAUAAUAAUAUCUUUUAUAUAGACAUGCUUUAAUAGAUCUAAUAAAUGAUUAACGCGGCCCUACCAAUAUGGGUAUAUUAAUACUUAAAUCUGGGUAUUUUAAAUUUCGAAUGCGCAUUUUUUAAAAACCGAACUUAUCUAUAGAUCUAGAUCUCUUAUAUCUAGAAUAAUCAAGAUCUACAACACCCAGACUUAGACUAUGGACAUGGUUCUAGAUCUAUUUAAAGAUAUUUUUUAAAAAAAUAACUCAAUAGAUCUAAAAUCUAAUAAAGUCAUGAUUUCCACUCUAUUUUCUCUAGAUCUAGACCAUACAUGAGAUCAAUAUGAAUGUUUAUAGAUCUAGUCUACGUCUAGAACUCUAGAAUACUCUAGAUCUAUCGAUCAUCUUAAAUCUUAGUGACUUAGUCUAUAGGUGUAGUGUAUUGUAUAGUCGCUAUAGUGUAUUGCCUGUAGAUCUAGAACCUGUACUAAUAUUAGUAGAUGUAGAUCUAUAAUAAUAAUACUUUUUAAUAGUAGAAAGUAGAUUUAUAAUCUAUCAAUUCUAUCUAAUCUAGAUCUAAAUCUAGACUUAACUUUCACAUCACACGAUUAUUGAUACAGACAGUGAAUGAAACGAAUGCAGUGAUUAUAUUAUAGUUUAUACUGAUUAUAGCUCUACCAGUUGAUUAUCAUCAUCAUCAUAGAUAAUAAUCUAGACUAGUAUUCUAGAUCUAUAAAUAAUCAUAGUCACCGUGAUUGGCGUGAUAGUGCCCUUUUUAGUCAAUGUAGUAAAGUCAAGAUAGUGGAACGUAAACUCAAAGAUGCAAUAAAGUAUAAGUAGAGUCUAUGAUUAUUAACAAGUAGAACCAUGCCAACCAGUUCUGAUGAUGUACCAGAAUGGCUCAAGGAUCAUACUUAUACUAUUUCUACUCUCUGGGCAGACAUUAAUAAUAUUGGCAUCCAUUCAAUAUUUAUUUUAUGUUUGGAAAUGCAAGAAAAAGGCAUGCAUUCCUGACAAGUCAAUGAUUGGUUGCACCUCUUAAAGAUAACUUUCUGUUAUGAGAAAAGAUGAGAUUCUUGGACUCCUGCAUAGCACCACCAGAAAGGAAAAUCCCAUCAUGUUGCAAAAUAAAAGCCUUGGACCAAUUUUAAUUUAAGAUAUAUAUAUUAUGAUGUAAGCUCUAUACAUAUUUAUGUAUAUCCUGUCAUUCAGCCAACAGGUUUGGAUUUAGUAUUUUUAAAAUCUGUUUGAUAUUGUACUUGAAAACUAUUAAUCUGAGCCCCAUAAAAACAAUAGGGAGUGCAGUGAAUGAGUGGUAAAGCACUUGGCUUCUGAACUGAGGGUUCCUGGGUUCGAUUAAGACUGGGAUUUUCAAUUUCAGAAUUCAAAAGGCUAAGGAUACAUGGCAAUAGUAAGGAAUAAGUAAAGGCAGUUUGGGGAGUCAUGAGUUUGAAUCUCUGUGAAGACUCAGAUUUAAUUUUUUUAGAUUUUUGGGUGCCCCUGAGUCCACCUAACUCUAAUGGGUAGCUGACUUUCGUUUUGGAAAGUAAAGAUGGUUGGUUGUUGUGCUGGCAACAUGAUGCACUGGCCAAAGAAUCAAAUGACCUUAACAUCAUCUGCCCUAUAGAUUGUGAGGUCUGAAAUGGGAUUUUUUUUCAAAAGGUGGUUGGUUGUUGUGCUGGGUACAUGACACCCUCACUAACCAUGGGGCACAGAAACUGAUAAACUUUAUAUCAUCUGCCCCAUAGAUUGCAAGAUAUGUAAGGGACAUUUUACUUUUUAAAAAUUAAAAUAAGAAUCUAUCAAAAGUAAACAUAUAAAAUAUGGUGCAUUCUCCUUAAAACUAAAACCUGGUGCAAAGGUUUAAAAUGUUGGCAAAAAAAAGCAACAUCAUAUAUUCUUAAUUCCCUUUGCAAAACUUACUGAGAAGAACAUGCAUGUUGUUCCAUCAUAAGUUUCUUGACAGAGGAAAUCUUGUUUAUAUUAGAUUUGAAUUAAGCAAAUUAAGAAAAAAAUUAAAAUCAUUAUUUCAAAUGGUUGUAUCUAAACCUUGUGAAUUAUGUUUCAGUUAUAAGUAUAUUGAGAUUAAUGGAUAAUCAUGAAAUUGUUAAAUAAUUGCUGCUAUCAUUCCAUUGACUAAAGAAUCAUAAUUAUUUUUUUUUAAAUUAAUUUCAAAAUGAUUUUUUUCAAGCAUAGAGUUCACAUAGAUCUUGAGUGAAAUUUUUUUUUUAUUUGACUAAUGCUUCAAUUUUAUUGUAUCAUAUUAGUUGUUAAUUUUUAUUACCCAGAAUAUUUAAAAAAAUGAGUACACUAUUUUCAUGUAAUAAUGUAACUUGGUAUUCACACAAUGCUCAAAAUACACUAUAAUCUUUAGGCCAUACAGAUUUGUAUAAAUUAACUUGUUUAAAUACAUUGUAAAUGCAUAUUGUUUGGAUAAGAAUAAAGUUUUUCUGUAGACAA